AUGAAUAAAGUUGGAGAGAAGCCAAAUGAGUGUUCCAAGUGUCAGAAGAGUUUUCCUGAUAAGUCAAAACUAAAGGUUCAUCUUAGGAUUCAUACAGGAAAAAAACAAUUUAUAUGUCCAGAAUGUGGAGAGUGCUUCUCACAGAGUACACAUCUUACUGAACACCACAAGACUCACACAGGAGAAAAACCAUUUAUAUGUCCAGAAUGCGGAAAGUGCUUCUCACGGAAGUUUACUCUUACUACACACCAGAGGAUGCACACCGGAGAGAAACCAUUUGAAUGUUCAGAAUGUGGAAAGUGUUUCUCACAAAGCUCUAAACUUAAUAUACACCAGAUGACUCACACAGGAGAGAAACCAUUUAAAUGUUCAGAAUGUGGAAAAUGCUUCUCACAUAGUACAAGUCUUACUCAACACCACAAGACUCACACAGGAGAGAAACCAUUUAAAUGUUCAGAAUGUGGAAAGUGCUUCUUACAUAGUACAAGUCUUACUCAACACCACAAGACUCACACAGGAGAGAAACCAUUUAAAUGUUCAGAAUGUGCAAAGUGCUUCUCACAAAGUUCACAUCUUACUCAACACCAGAGGACUCACACAGGAGAGAAACCAUUUAAAUGUUCAGAAUGUGGAAAGUGUUUCUCACAAAGCUCUAAACUUAAUAUACACCGGAUGAAUCACACAGGAGCGAAACCAUUUCAAUGUUCAGAAUGUGGAAAGUGCUUCUCACAUAGUACAAGUCUUACUCAACACCACAAGACUCACACAGGAGAUAAACCAUUUAAAUGUUCAGAAUGUGGAAAGUGCUUCUCAAAAAAUUCACAUCUUACUCAACACCAGAGGACUCACACCGGAGAGAAACCAUUUCAAUGUUCAGAAUGUGGCAAGUGCUUCUCACAGAGUUCUAAUCUUACUCAACACCAGAGGACUCACACAGGAGAGAAACCAUUUAAAUGUUCAGAAUGUGGAAAGUGUUUCUCACAAAGCUCUAAACUUAAUAUACACCGGCACAAGACUCACACAGGAGAGAAACCAUUUAAAUGUUCAGAAUGUGGAAAGUGCUUCUCACAUAGUACAAGUCUUACUCAACACCACAAGACUCACACAGGAGAUAAACCAUUUAAAUGUUCAGAAUGUGGAAAAAUUGAUUAG